UCUACAACAACAGAGACUUCCAAAAUCACAACAAAACCUGACUCAUUACCUACAACAUCAACAGGGCUUUCAGCUGUUUCUACAACUGAAAUGCCUUCUUUAACAACUACUGCAAACAUAAUACUUGUGGCGACAAUAAAAAUGCAGUUCAGGUCUUCAGACUCAUUUGUAAAUGAACUCAAUUAUCCAACCUCUCAAGUUUACAAAGACAGGGAGAAGCGAGUUAAGGAAAUACUUGAAAUCCUCUUCAAAAACAACUUUGCUUCCUUCUUAAGAGUUAAUGUCCUAAGAUUCAGACCGGGGUCAGUCAUAACAGAGACAGAGUUAGUCUUCAACUCCACACAAUCGGCACCAUCAGCUGAAGUGAUUGAAACCACAUUAAGGGAUAACUCAAGUGUCAGUGCGCUGAACAUUAUUGUUGAAUCUAUCAUAGUCAAUGACGGCUCUACAAUCACAACAACUGCGGCUGAAAUAUCCACCACUAGUGCAGGAGAAACAUCUACAGCAACAGAGACUUCCACAAUCACAACAACUGCUCCUGAAACAUCCACCACUAGUGCAGCAGAAACAUCUACAACGACAGAGACUUCCACGACCACAACAACUGCAGCUGAAACAUCGACCACUAGUGCAGCAGAAACAUCUACAACGACAGAGGCUUCCACGAUCACAACUGCUCCUGAAACAUCCACCACUAGGGCAGCAGAAACAUCUACAACAACAAAGACUUCCACGAUCACAACUGCGCCUGAAACAUCCACCACCAGUUAG